CGGGAGGAAGGGUUGGUGGCGCAGAUAGCGUGGCGCAGGCGCGUUGAAGGGAGGAGAAACGGUGGACGAAAAAGGGGAGGGGGCAAGGAGGUGUUUGCUUGAGCUCCAGACAGCUGGAGGGGUAAACAGAAGAGGGGACCCGGGAGGGCGAAGGUCCCAGCCAGGCCCGGGCUGCCAAGCCUGGCGAGUGGCUCCCGCGGUCUCCUAGCCCCAGUCUCCCCGGCUGGCCUUGCCGUGGCGCAGGGCUCAGUUCGCCCCCCUGUAUGGAAGUUCAAGGGCUCCGUCCUCUGGCUGUUGCGGCUGCUGAGCCUGCCCUGAGGAGGCCUGACAGGUAAUUUCAAUGCUGUCUCUAUAAGACAUGGACUCUACUGGAAUGCUUGGAUGUACAGCAGCACCUCCGCUCGCUUGCUUCCAUCGGCCCUGCUGUGAGAACAUGGCAAAAGCGAAUAUUACCAGAGACCUCAUCCACAGGCAGCUCAAGGAGAAAGGUGCCCUCAGCUUUGAACGACACUAUCAUGUCACCGACCCAUUCAUUCGGCGCCUGGGCUUGGAGGCAGAACUGCAAGGUCACACUGGCUGUGUCAACUGCCUUGAAUGGAACGAAAAGGGAAACUUACUGGCCUCUGGCUCAGAUGAUCAACACACCAUUGUGUGGGAUCCCUUGCACCAGAAGAAGCUCCUUUCCAUGCAUACAGGGCAUACGGCAAACAUCUUCUCUGUCAAGUUCUUGCCACAUGCAGAGGAUCGGAUACUCAUUACUGGAGCUGCUGAUUCCAAGGUGCAUGUCCAUGACCUGACCGUCAAAGAGACCAUCCAUGUGUUUGGGGAUCACAAAAACAGAGUCAAGCGUAUUGCCACAGCUCCCAUGUGGCCCAACACCUUCUGGAGCGCAGCAGAGGAUGGGCUCAUCCGACAGUAUGACCUGCGAGAGAACAGCAAACACUCAGAAGUCCUGAUAGACCUUACGGAAUACUGUGGUCAGCUUGUGGAGGCCAAAUGCCUCACUAUCAACCCCCAGGACAACAAUUACCUAGCGGUGGGAGCCAGCGGGCCCUUCGUACGCAUCUACGACAUACGCAUGAUCCACAACCACAGAAAAAGUAUGAAACAGAAUCCUACCGCUGGGGUCCAUACAUUUUGUGAUCGGCAGAAACCCCUCCCAGAUGGUGCUGCACAGUACUAUGUAGCAGGACAUCUUCCUGUGAAACUACCAGACUACAAUAACCGGCUGAGGGUGCUGGUAGCUACAUAUGUCACCUUCAGUCCGGAUGGUACAGAGCUGUUGGUGAACAUGGGAGGGGAGCAGGUUUACUUAUUUGACCUGACCUACAAGCAGCGGCCAUACACUUUCCUCCUGCCAAAGAAAUGCCACUCUUCAGGAGAGGUGCAGAAUGGGAAGACGUCUACCAACGGGGUGUCAAACGGCAUCCAUCUCCACAGCAACGGAUUCAGGUUGGCCGAGGGCCGAGCACACGUCAGCCCGCAGGCAGAGCUUCCUCCUUCCCUGGAGAAAAUUAAGUUACAAGCCAAUGAGGCUUUUGCUUGUCAGCAGUGGACGCAAGCCAUCCAGCUCUACAGCAAAGCAGUCCAGAAGGCCCCCAACAACGCGAUGCUGUACGGGAACAGAGCUGCUGCGUACAUGAAGCGCAAGUGGGAUGGCGAUCAUUACGAUGCUUUGCGAGACUGCUUAAAGGCCAUCUCCUUGAACCCGUGUCACUUGAAGGCUCACUUCCGCCUGGCCCGCUGCCUCUUUGAGCUGAAGUACGUGGCAGAAGCGCUGGAGUGUCUGGAUGACUUCAAGGGAAAGUUCCCCGAGCAGGCACAUAGCAGCGCUUGUGAUGCCCUGGACCGGGACAUCAAUGCGGCCCUCUUCUCGAAAAGUGAUAACGCGGAAGACAAGAAAGGGGGUGGCCCCAUUUGGCUGCGAGCAACUGGGCGCAAGGAUUCUAUCUCAGAGGAUGAGGUGGUGCUGAGGGAGCGCAGCUACGACUACAAAUUCCGGUACUGCGGCCACUGCAACACCACCACGGACAUCAAAGAGGCUAACUUCUUUGGCAGCAAUGCACAAUACAUAGUCAGCGGCUCCGACGAUGGCUCCUUCUUCAUCUGGGAGAAAGAAACGACCAAUCUCGUGCGGGUUCUGCAGGGGGAUGAGUCGAUUGUCAACUGCCUCCAGCCCCACCCCAGCUACUGCUUCCUGGCCACCAGCGGCAUCGACCCCGUUGUACGGCUGUGGAAUCCCAGGCCAGAGAGUGAAGCACUGAACGGGCGAGUGGUGGAAGACAUGGAAGGCGCUUCCCAGGCUAACCAGCGGCGGAUGAAUGCAGACCCGUUGGAGGUGAUGCUGUUGAACAUGGGCUACCGGAUCACAGGACUGACCAGCGGUGGGGCUGGAGGCUCAGACGAUGAAGACAGCUCAGAGGGGCAAGUCCACUGCCGGACCAGCUAAAGCCGAAUCGCCUCUCCCCCACCAUAAUUUUGCUUUUUGUUUGAAGGGAAAUCCAGUUUGCUCAGUUUGGACUCUGACGAACGACUGCACUGUUUCACACUAUGCACAGAGUAGGACCCGCCAGCAGGGGCCAAAGUGGCUUUGUUUAAACUGCUGCUACCCUUUCCCCCCCCCCCUUUGCGUCCCUCUCCCCGUUCCACUCUCGAGCAGCAUGGGGACGCAGCAGCCCGUUGGAACUUUGCUUCUAGCAGAAUCUAGUCUGUGCGGGGAUUUCUUUUUCUUUUCGGGUUUUUUUUUUUUGCGUUGUCUGUGAGCAGUGUGAAACUGACAACCAACCUCUUCUUCCAGUGCUGCCGUACGGCCUGGGAGAUGGCGGGUGGGGGUGGUGGGCGUUGCCUACACAAAGUGGGUUUGCAGAGAGGAUGUUUAAAAACUCAAUAAAACGUCAACCUAG